UUGUAAUGGUAUAAUUGGUUCAACUGUAGAUAUGAUAGAUUCAACUACAAUUGUAUGAUUGAUUUUAGGCAUUUAACUAUAAAUAUAAUAGAUUCAAAUGUGUGGUGUUAUUGAUUCAACUGUUAAUAUGAUAGAUUCAACUGUGGUGGUAUAAUUGAUUCAAUUGUCAAUAUGAUAGAUUCAACUACAAUUGUAUCAUUGAUUUUAGGCAUUCAACUAUAAAUAUAAUAGAUUCAACUAUAAACUGCUAGUAGACUCUAUGCAAUCAACUAUAAUAAUAGAAUUGGCACCACUGUUAUUUUUCAUCGACUAUCCACAAUUAUUUUUGCCACCAUUUUCGGGAAAGUUUUUAGGCACUCGCGUUGCCGUCGUUGCGUGCCGUCUCGUCGUUGCAGCUUUUUCGCAUUGUUUUUUUUUUCGUCCUUCGCCGUUUUUCUCGAAAAGGAGUCCGUGAAAGCCGUGGCCACCUGCAAGCAAUAAGCUUUGUCCUCCCAAUAAGCCCUUAUCCGUGCUCGUCGAAUGUCCGGAAAAUAUUUUGCGUAAGAAUUUCAAUCAAAGCUGCUGGUCGUACCCCAUUAGCCAAAAGAAAACAACCAUUUACCUCCGGAACGACCGGAUCGGAAGCUGCCCGAGAUACCGAAAGAACCGAAAUAAAAGGAUUUAGUGCGAGGUAUUCAGUACAGUUCAGGCGUUCAGUUCUCCCACCGAAACUCCCGGUGCUAGCGAUGGUAGCGGUCUUUAACAACAACGUCUCCAAAGCAGCGGAAAAAUCGUCUUUUUUCUUCGUGAACACCAUCAGGAGGCUGUUCUGAGCCGCCGUUAAAGUGAUGUGGUGCUGGGGCAGCAGUAACUGGCACCGAUGGAAAAAUGAAACCGCUGUCAGCUGCCGAAAAUCGGUUCAUCAGCGGAAUCGACGCGGAUUUCAAGAAAAAGUAGUGUGUGUGUUUCUGGUAGUGGUCAAUAGUGCCGUUGCUGGUUGUUUCUAGUACGCAUCGGUCGUAAAUCGCCACCGAUCGUACGACUUCCCCAGCGGUAGUGGAUGUAGUCAUGUUGCUGAUGCUCACCCAGUUGGCAUUGAAGGACGAGUACAAACGGGCGGCCUGCCAAACUGUGGACCGAAACCAUCACUAUCAAGGAUGUGUGCUGCUUAUGGAUCCCCCAGGAGACUUCCAAAAGCUUUCAAUAUUCCCUCGGCAUCAAAGUAUCACCAAAGCAGAAUCCACGACAGCGAAAGGCAACGCAAGCUGUCGGUACGGACAACUAGACGAACAGCUAGAUCAAACAACUGCUUUAAACAGGCUACCGAACAGGGAUACCGAUCACCAUCUAGAACAGAACAAACACAAUCCUUGUCGAACAAGAACAGCUGUACCUAGGUUUUCCCCCGGAGUGUCGUGUGUCAGAAUGGUCAAUCCCCACUGGCUGCUGAAGCUUCUUAGGACGCCUUCCGGGAACGACUUAUUACACAAAAUCAUGCAUGGAGUUGCGAACAGCAGACGGAAAUCGAGACUUCUGGUCAGCUCUUAUUCCAGGAUCGUGGCGGCAAACAAUUGUUGGAUGCUAAAACAAACUAGAUGCGAAAUGCUAAAAUAAUUAAUUUGAAAAAAUAAAACGUAGCCAUUAAAUUAUUCCGAAAGAAAACCUCUUAAGAUAUCAUAACUCCUAAU